AUCUCAAAAAUGUCCGAUUGGAUUUGGCCGCUGGAGGCGCUAAAGACAACACCGUCCAUCAGAGCUGGUUUAACUAAAGAACAAGAGCUUCUCUGGCGCCGUGAAGGUAUCAAGCUGUUAUCGGAAGUCGGAAAUGCCCUCAACUGUAAACCGCGCCCCACUAUCGGUGUUGCAGCUGUAUAUUUUCAUCGGUUUUAUAUGAUUCACAGUUUCCAGUCAUUCAGUCGAGAGGUAACUGCACUAAGCUGUUUGUUUUUGGCUGGAAAAGUCGAAGAUUUCCCGAAAAAAUGCAAAGAUGUUUGUCAAGCGGCUGUGACUCAUUAUCCAGAAAUUUAUUCAAAGUACCAGAACCUUGUGGACGAUGUAAUGGGGCUGGAAAGAGUACUGUUGCACAGUCUUAAAUUUGACUUGCAUGUUGCUUUGCCGUACGAUGCUUUGCUGGAUUAUAAGAUGAUGUUUCCAGAUAUGAAUCGUGAGAAGAUUACCGACGCCGUUCAAAUAGCUUGGACAUUCAUCAACGACAGCAUCUACACCACAUUGUGCAUUACCACGGAGCCACAAAUGAUUGCAAUAGCACUUUUACAUCUUGCGUUCACUGUAAAAGGAUAUCAGCCUGUUCAGAAGAAUAUGGAUCCAUGUUGGUGGUCAGCGGAUGUUAGUAAUUGGCCUCAAGAAUCAGUUGACAAGGCAUGUCAUCUGGUGCUAGAUUUCUACGCUGCUACUAAAGAAAAACCGGUUCUGGAGAAAAAGAAGCUCACAACUUUUUAGUUUUCAAAAAUCUAAUAUUUCUAUAUUUUCUUGCUUCUUCUGUUCCAGAUUAUUUUUGUACAGAACACCUAAUCUUGGAUUGUGUUGAUCUCUUUUACCAAAUAAAUCUGAACACUU